CGGCAGCACCGCGGACAGCGCCAGAGCCGCGAGCCCGGAGAGGGGCGGUCAGCUGACGUCUGACGUCGGGCUGGAUCCCCACUUUGAUCAGGCAGGUCCGGGGGGCGCGCCGCUCGCUCUCUGAGCCGCCGCCCCAGACGCGGUGGGCACGGGACAGGGGCAGGGCAGAAGGCAGUUCCCAGGGAGCAGGCACCUGCCCGGCCUCCCCGCGCGCAGCUCGGCCGCUGCCCGGAGAAGCACCGGCACCGGGCAGCCCUUAGAGAGCGUCCGCCCUGACGCACAGCCCGGCUCCGGGCACCCACAAGCCGCGGGGCCGACCCGCGAGACGCUGGGCUCCGAGCGACCGGACAGCGUCUCCGCGGAGGUGAGGCACCCGGGACGGGUCACCUCUUAGGCGGCCCUGGUGGGAGGCUAAGCUCCUUGACCCUGCUCUCCGAGACCCCGACUGCAGCCCGCCUCCCCCUCUCUCACUCCAUCUCUCCUGGACGCUCACCGGCAGGAGGCUGGGCCCCAUUCACGGCGCUGCCCAGAAAGCUUGCCACUGACGAGAGGUUGCCAGCGCCCACACUGGCUCUGGGGGCAGUGGCCACCUUGAGUCCCCUGAACACCCUUUGUUUGAGCACCGUGGCCCGUGUUCUGGUCCCGAAAUGGAUUUGCCUGUGAACUUGACUUUUUCCCUCUCCACUGCCUCCUUUCUGGAGCCCAACCGCAGUCUUGGUGCGGAAAACCUGCGCCCCAGCCCACCCCUCCCCUCGGUCUUCGGAGUGCUUGUUCUGACCCUGCUAGGCUUUCUGGUAGUGGCCACGUUCGCCUGGAACCUGCUGGUGCUGGCGACUAUCCUCCGAGUGCGCACUUUCCACCGUGUGCCACACAACCUGGUGGCUUCCAUGGCCAUCUCGGACGUGCUGGUGGCCGCGCUGGUCAUGCCGCUGAGUCUGGUGCAUGAGCUGUCGGGGCGCCGCUGGCAGCUGGGCCGACGUCUAUGCCAGUUGUGGAUUGCGUGCGACGUGCUUUGCUGCACAGCCAGCAUCUGGAAUGUGACGGCCAUAGCCCUGGACCGCUACUGGUCCAUCACGCGCCACCUGGAGUACACGCUCCGCGCCCGCAAGCGCAUCUCCAAAGUGAUGAUCAUACUUACCUGGGCACUCUCGGCUGUCAUCUCUCUGGCCCCGCUGCUUUUCGGCUGGGGGGAGACAUAUUCUGAACACAGUGAGGAGUGCCAGGUCAGCCGUGAGCCCUCCUACACCAUCUUCUCCACCGUGAGCGCCUUCUACUUGCCGCUGUGCGUGGUGCUCUUCGUCUACUGGAAGAUCUACAAGGCCUCCAAGUUCCGCGGGGGCUCCAGGAAGACCAACAGAGUCUCCCCUGAACCUGAAGUUGUGGAGGUGAAGAACUCUGCUCAGCAGCCCCAAAUGGCGUUCACGGUCCGCCGAGCCACCGUCACCUUCCAGACAGAAGGAGACACGUGGCGGGAGCAGAAGGAGCAGAGGGCGGCCCUCAUGGUGGGCAUCCUCAUCGGGGUGUUCGUGCUCUGCUGGAUCCCCUUCUUUGUCACCGAGCUCGUCGGCCCCCUCUGCUCCUGGGACGUCCCUGCCGCCUGGAAGAGCGUCUUCCUCUGGCUCGGCUACUCCAACUCCUUCUUCAACCCGCUCAUCUACACGGCCUUCAACAAGAACUACAGCAGCGCCUUCAAGAGCUUCUUCUCCAGGCAGCACUGAGGAGAGGCCGCCGGUUCCCCCACAGCCCGCGACGUCCUCCCGGUGCCCCAGGCCCGCCCCAGAACUCGGUGGGCUCCGUUCUGCACUCGCCCGGGGCACAGGCCUCCGGAGGCUCUGGUGCCGCCACCUGCCCAGCUCCUCUGCCACGUUCUGCGACAGCCCCUCGCCUGCCAAGAGCCUCUCCUUCCUCAAGCCCACCCCAGCGUGGCUGUCGGAGGAGGCGGAGGAAAGAGAGAGGGAGGGACGUCAGAGUGACAAGCCAUCACGGGCCACGGUGGGGACGCGGGGGGAGAGAAGACCAACGUCCCAGCUUCCUGGGUUCUGCCCGGGUCUGGUGAGAUCUCCCGACUGAGUAUUGGGUAUUUACGGUUUUUACUCACAAAAUAUCAUCUCCAAACAUAUUAAAGGGCAUGGCCUCUUCUGUGAGCCAGUGACUUUUGGCUUUAAGAUUUUGUUUGUGGCAUUUACACACACACACACACACACACACACACACACACACCCUAUGGAAGGACAAGUGUUCCAAUUGGUAGCUUACUCCAAAGCACGACCCAUCGGCUUGGAAUAGGUUCUAAGAACCAAAUGUAGUAUUUUCUGCCCUUUUGAAGCAACUGUCUACAAACAUCAGAAAAAUGGACUAGUUUCAAAGAAUCUGCCAAACUUGCUGAUUUGCUCUGGGUUUUGUGUGCGUGGAAUUCCUUCAGUGUUUCUGGGCAAGGGCCAUCAUCCUGGGAUCAUGGGGUCAGAGUGAACCCACUGUUGUGAAGUUGCGGAGUUCUUGAACACAGCUGCACAGCCAGUGACCACGAGGACACGGUCACCAGGUGUGUGUGCUUUACCAGGACUGGAUGCAUCUGUGGUUGCUGCUUUGUUGGCCUGUGAACUCCUGCCAGGAAGCCGACUGGGUGAGCAAUGAGGAAGACAUUACCAUGCCACAGGUGGCCACCCUCCACAGAGCAGCAGUCCAACGGCCAGGCAGGACGAGGUGCCGUGGCCUUCAUGACCACACCCACGUCUCCAGAGCCAAAGGACCUAGAAAAACAUCCCCAAAGAGUCUGAAGAGAUAGUAGACACUGUCUUUCUAGAAUAGUGUGUGUGUGCUGACCUCGCACCAAGAGCAGAUGGUCCCUCAUCCACAGGGACCUUCGGGCAAGAGGAGUGUGUCACCGUCUCAGGAUACUUAGUUCUCAGCAAAAUCCCCACCGAUUCACUGCCUCUGCCGUGACCAUGGCCACAGACGGGAGCAGAGGAUCUGUGGGUUAAAUCACAGUGGUCUGUCACAGGAUGCCUCUCUAUAACCAUGGAGAAGCCGUCUGCUGAGGGGUCCCUGGUGAGCGGGCAGGAGAGGCCAUGGGCUUUGGCAGUCACCUUCAGUCGGACAAAAUGUACUUCUUUAAUUGACCAGAAGUGCAACUGCUGUCCUCCUCCAAGGUUCUGACCUUAAGUGGAGCCGAUGUUCCCCAAGACCAGAGACCUACCGUGUAGGGACAUUGGCCUCGAGUGACCGUGUCUUACCCUAGGGGACUCCGUCUGAGCCACUGUCUCACAUCCACACAGGAUGGACAGCAAACGAGGCCUCUUCCUCAUCCCUAAGAACAGGCCUCAGAUCCGUAAGCAGCUUCUCACAACAAGGCUGUGCUACCGGUGAUUGUUAAGCAAGGGCUUUUUUACCUCCCUCAGAACUGAUAGAAUACAUUGGAGACUCACUUGGGGAACCCUGUGAAGUGCUUGCAACACGUUCUAAGUCGAGUAAAACCUGAGCUGUUUUCUUAACUAACCAUGGCUCUUUAGUCAGGAGCCCUCGGUGUGGCCAAUCUUAAAAGCAAAAAGCAAGUAGCAGCCUGAUGGUCUGCCUCUUUGCUGCACUUCCUUGAGCUCUAGGUAUAAAUAGCCAGCUGUUGGUGUCUACCAGAUUCUGUGAUAAAUAUAUACAAAAGGUACCGUAUUUCAUCCUGUCACACCAAAGGAUUCUGACCCCUCCAGAUCUCCCCUGUCAUGGCAUCUGGUGACUUCACUCACAUCAAGUAGCAACCAAAUAACAAUACACCUUGGCCAUUGCCCAAAACUUUAGCCUGCUCCUGGCCAAUAAGCUCCCUGUGGCUGCUGUGUCCCUGUCCUUGCACAAGUUCAGAAGCUGUGUCUUACAAGGCUCUCUUGAGUUAUUCUGGCACACACAAUAAUAAAUGUGUGACACAUUAUGUAGAAUGAACUUCAUCAGUUAGGCUUUCCAAAAUAGGAAGUGAAUGACGAUUUCUCUGUGUUCUGACUUGAACCUUCGUAUCCCAUUGACUGCGGAGCCCGUUACGGGAGGGAAUGUCAAUCACUGGGCCUCAUGACUCGGAAGCUGAAGUCAGGCGCCUUGUCUGCCCUGCAGGAGGAAGAUUCACUGAGGGACUUACCCGGACACGUCUUUAAGUUUCCCUUCCUUCUGUGUGUAUCUUUUGCACGACUGAACUCACAGAUAUUUAAAAGCACACACUAUUAUUUACUCACUUUACCUGUCUCCACUUGCAACGAGAGAGGUCCUCAAAUGCCAUUUGUAUUCCAGUGUCAUAAUAGAUGAAGCCACCCAUCAAGUGACCCACAGAAGAAAAAAGUAAACUCCGACAUGGGAAUCCAGAGAGCAGAGUCCGGAGCAGGUUUCAAUGUCAGGUUGACCUGAAUGUGCACACGAGGGCUCUCCUGCUCUCCUGAGGUCAGCGUUGGUCUUGUUGUUAGUGAGAGGCAUGUUUCCUCCAAACUUUUCUUAAAUGGAAAUUGGGAAGACGUGUGGUUCCAAUGCUUCCUGACUCCCCCAUGGUUCUGUACACCCAAUAGAGAAAGACGCUGUUAUGAUAUUAAUUCAGUCUCCAGCUAAGGUGAUUAUCAGCCUUUUCAUAAGAUGACUAAGAUGAGGCCCCUUAUCAGCCAAUAUGUACUUGACGUGUCCCAGACAGCGCUGACAUGAUAGAAAACACAUUCUCCCUGUGACAGCUAGAGCAGAAAGCACUUGGUGUACAAGAAGGAAUGAGUGGCAAUUAAUGAAUUAUUUUGCUUCCGUUUCAGUAUGAAAAGUUAAACAAUUUUUCAUAUUUAUCCCAGGGGAGAAAUAUCAUGAUUCUGAUUUUGAUUGAGUCUGUUGUGUGCAAUUCAAAUACUUUCAUUUACUCUUGGUUGCAAACGUGUUAUCAGGUUAGCAAUAAACCCAAAUCACAAACAUAAGGAACCUAUUAAA